AUGGCUUUCCAUCAUCCAGCGCCAAACCGCCCACAUGUUCCGACCGAACAUCAGGAACAAAAACACGAAAGCCAGAAGCCUUCAUGAGACAUUCAUGUUCGCAGAUUCCCAAUGGAGGGCCAGGACGAAGAAGCCAAGAAACCCACGAAGCCCAAGGCCAAGGCGGUGAUAGUGGGAGGGAGCAUCGCGGGAUUGUCCUGCGCGCACGCGCUCAUUUCGGCCGGAUGGGACGUCACCGUCGUCGAGAGAUCGAGCGCGCCGCCGGCCGGGAGCCCCACCGGCGCGGGGCUCGGGCUCGAACCGUCGGCACGGGAGCAGAUCGACGCCUGGCUUGGGAGGGGCCGGCAACUCCACGAUGCCACUUUGCCUCUCUCUGUUGAUCAGAACAAUGCGACGGACAGUGCGAAGAAGGUGAGCCGGAUGCUCACAAGAGAUGAGGAAUUCAAUUUCAGAGCAGCGCACUGGACUGACCUCCAUUGCCUUCUUCGUGAGGAAUUACCACCGAAUGUUGUGUUAUAUGGUCAUGUCUUCCUGUCAUUCAGCCUAUCUGAUGACAAGACUGAAGUCAAAAUCAAAACUAAAGUACUCAAGACCAAUGACACCGUCGAGAUAAAGGGUAACUUGCUCAUCGCAGCAGAUGGCUGUCUGUCUUCCAUUCGCCAGAGUUUCCUUCCCGACCUUAAACUGAGGUAUUCAGGUUAUUGUGCAUGGAGGGGAAUUCUUGAUUUUUCAGGAAGAGACAAUUCAGAAGCCAUUUUAGGGAUCAAGAGAGCUUACCCUGAUCUUGGGAAGUGUCUGUACUUUGACCUGGGCUCUGGGACUCAUAGCGUGUUUUAUGAACUACUGAACAAAAGGCUUAAUUGGAUUUGGUACAUCAAUCAGCCUGAGCCUGAACUGAAGGGAAACUCUGUCACCAUGAAAGUCAGCGGCGAGAUGAUCCAGAAGAUGCACAGAGAAGCAGAGAAAGUUUGGCUUCCUGAGUUGGCUAGAAUAAUGAAAGAAACAAAAGAACCUUUCAUAAACGUCAUAUACGACUGCGAUCCUUUAGAGCAGAUCUUCUGGGACAAUGUGGUAUUGGUCGGAGAUGCCGCUCACCCGACGACUCCUCACGGUUUGAGAAGCACUAACAUGUCUAUAUUGGAUGCUGCGGUUCUUGGUUUGUGCCUCAAGUUAUGGGGAGUUGAGAAUCUGCAUUCAGCUCUUUGCGAAUAUCAGUCUCUACGGCUUCCAGUUACUUCGAAGCAAGUCCUACAUUCACGGCAACUGGGCCGCAUCAAACAAGGUUUGUCUGUUGCUGGCUGGGAACAGUUUGAUCCUAUGACGUCAAGUCAUGAAGAGUGGCAAGAGCUUCAGCAGAAGAAAAUGCCCUUCUUUAAUGAAGUUCCCCUACCAGAGAGCUCUUCAAUUUGAUGGCUUAAUUGAAGAUCAAGGAACAUGUUGCUCCUGGAUUCCAGUCCAAAUGAAUAUUAUGUGGUGCUAAUUGUAAAUUGCGGGGCUGUAUACACAUCACUUAUUGGUUUAGAAACUCAAUUAGCUUGUUAAGAAUAAGAUAGCUACAUUUCGCAUAA